UCCUCGUGGCCCCAGGGCCCCCCCGGCCCGGUCCCCCGUCAUGCGUCUAUUCCCGCCGCAAUCCUUGGAGAUUUGGUCCCUCUCACAUGACCUCAGGCUGCCUUGGCCUGUCAGGUGGCAGUAGAUUAGAGCACUCGCUGAAGAGCCACAUGCCUCAGGUUUGAUUGCCACGCGAGCAGGUCAGGUCCCGACUUUCACAUGCACAUGGAGCCACCUGUUUGUUUCUUGCAGUCCUCGAUGUAAGCUUGACGGGACUUGCUUAGCGUCUCUGAGUCGGCGCCCACAGCAUAGUGUGCAAUGACGCUUACCAUGACGAUGCUGACGCAGAGAGCACCAAAGGCCAAAAUGAGCUCCUGCCUGCCCGACGAAAACGUGGAGUACGCGGUCACCACCAAGCGUGCCGCCAGCAGAAUGCCGCUGAGGCAAGCCAUGGGAAAGCUCCCCGCCUCGAUGGGGCCCUGGAGGUCGUCAUCCGCCACCCAGAAGUCCAGCAUCGACGCCACGGCGAAGUACCCCGUCAGGCCUACGGCGUCGCAGACGAAGAGCGCGUUGACAAGCUCGAGCUGCUCGCCUUUGAACCUGCCCAAGAGCGUUCCGAUGAUGGCCACGAGCAGGCCCACACCCGCAGCGAGCAUCGUAAGAAAGAAAAACAGCGUAAGCAGGGGCCAGCUUGGAAGCGCCUGGGAGCUUCGGAGGAGGCUUCCUGGAAGCCGCAAGGGCCUCCGAGAAGCCGCCUGCAUCCUCGGGAGCGCCCACGGCGCCGCCCCGCCCUCCCUGCAAGAGCCGCACCCCUCGCGGCGAUCGCGCCACCCCCGCGUGCGCGCCGCCAACUGAGCUCGUGCAUCGCGCCAAAGAAGGGCAAGAUCCACGAGAGGAGCGAGAAGCCACCGAGAAACGUCUUCGCAGUGCCGAGCAGAAGGCCUAUCGCCACCGAGGCCCAGAAAGCGACACGCUGCGCCAGGCUCUCGCGUCCCGCUCGGACAUGGCAGCCGCACUGCGCACCCCAGCGCGGCUCGGCCCCUGCCCUUUCGAGCCGCAGUGUGGCCUGAGCCCACAGGUCGCGAGCU